AUGCCUUCUGUUUUAGGAAAAAGAACCCGCAGCACAAGAGCAAUAGCAGAGUUCAAAGUACCAUCAACGCGCGCAAACCGACAAGCAAAAACAGAAAUAUACAAUGACGAGAAUGAAAAUCCUUUCAUUACUCGCAAGAGGCGCGAUGAGGUCGACGAUUCCGAUGACGAUUGUAUGGACAUUGACGAAUUGACGGAAUCUAUACCUGUCAAGUCCUCGCCUUCGAAACAUGGAUUGGCAAGUAGAAAGAUCGCAUUACCGAAAAAAACAUUGAUAGAAGAAGCAUCCAAAACAGCUCAAGCUCCUACUCCUCAAACACCUCGACAUCGCGAUGCGCUAUCCAAAAAAGUACAAAUAACUCCUCGGCAUCGUGUUACUGUUACUGGAAAGCCAAUGACUCCUAGAACUCCAAGGACUCCUGUAACACCCGGUGGAUCAAUUGCGACUGUAUAUACUCAAGCUCGACAGAUCUUCACACGGAGCUCAGAGCCUGGACGACUUGUUGGAAGAGAGACUGAAAAGGGCGAAUUGAAAACUUUUGUACAAAAUUGUGUCGACAAAACAAGUGGGGGGUGUAUAUAUGUUAGCGGACCUCCUGGAACUGGAAAAAGUGCUAUGAUCAACGAAGUUACGACGGAAUAUGGAGAAUCGACCACAUUACACAAGACGUAUGUUAAUUGUAUGAGCAUGAAAACCUCGAAGGAUUUGUAUGGUAUACUGCUGGAGUCUUAUUGUGGCGAGGAAGUGGUUUUGGACGGCGAUGAAGAGAAGACUUUACAGAGUAUGUUUGUUUCGAGGAAAAAGACCAAGGAUGUCUACCUCAUCACGCUGGACGAAAUCGAUCACAUCCUCACGUUGGACCUGGAAAUAUUAUACAAGCUGUUCGAAUGGUCUUUACAGAAGUCAUCGCGCCUGAUCCUUAUCGGAAUUGCAAAUGCAUUGGAUCUUACAGAUCGUUUCUUACCAAGAUUGAAGGCUCGAAACCUACAACCACAACUACUACCUUUUCUUCCAUACACCGCAUUACAGAUCAAGACUGUCAUCAUGACACGCCUCAAGUCACUUGUUCCCGCGGAUAGCGCGACUCCAAAUUUCGUACCAUUUCUCCACCCAGCAGCCAUUGAACUUUGCUCCCGAAAAGUAGCAAGCCAGACUGGAGAUUUACGCAAAGCCUUCGACAUUUGCCGAAGAGCAAUUGAUUUAAUCGAAACCGAAACCAAGCAAAAGCACGAACAAGAACUCAAAGACAAAGUUCUCCUCGAUAGCCCUUCCAAACGAAUCCUAGAGGACAACAUCAAUCUCUCCUCCAUUACAAACACCCCCAGCAAAAGUUUGUUCCGUCCACGAACCUUGGCCCAAUCCCUCGCAACCCUCACUGUCGAAACUGCCCCCCGCGCCAGUAUUCAGCACGUGAACAAGAUCACCGCAUCUACCUUCGGAAAUGGCUCGACCCAACGUCUCAAGACCCUUAAUCUCCAACAAAAAGCCGCCCUUUGCGCUCUCCUAGCUCUCGAAUCACGCAAUCGUUCUCAAUCCUCCAAUCUCCUCGCUACGCCGUCAAAAUCUCACAACCUAGCUCCAACCAUCAAACAAUUGUAUAACACAUACAACAUGCUUUGUACUCGAGACGCAAUCUUACAUCCUUUAACGAGCACGGAAUUCAGAGAUGUGGUAGGAAGUCUCGAAACGCUAUCAUUAGUCGCGGCGGUCGAUGGAAAAAAUGGUUCGUUUGUAUUGAGUGGAGGAGUCAGGGCACGAGGUAGACCCGGGCGAUUCGGAUCCGGUGUGGGAGUGGGAGAUGAGAAGAGAGUGGCUAGUUGUGUUGGGGAGAAAGAGGUUGCGGCUGCGGUGGAGGGAUUGGGAGCGGGCAUUUUGAAAAGCAUUUUGAAUGGAGAGGGGUUGGAUUAG